AUGACAAGAGUCAAACAAAAUUAUUUUUUGAGAAUUCAGCAAGACAUCAAUUUACAUAAAAUUAUACUUCCUCCGCGUGCUAGAGAACUUCGGCAAAUUACAAUUUAUGAUAUUCAAAAAAGAGAAGUACAGUUUAAAAUUCAUAAAUUGACUAAUCUCUUAAACAAUGACACUAUGUAUUUGGUCCCUGUAUUAAAGGAACUCAAUACAUUACUUGAUUCUUUUGAAAAAAUUUCAACUAUCAGGCAACAAACUUUAUUGUUCUGGAAAGAACAUGGAGUUGAAGGCGAUCUAAUGAAUGAUAUACUUGAAUACAUGGAUAAGUUCUGUUCCGAACAUUCACUUCAAGAUGUUAUUGAAAAUUGGUUAUCUUUUGUGAAUGAUGUUAAUCAUCAAAUUGGAGUUGAAGUUGAAUUUAAAUUUUAA